GCUCCGACCGGAAAUCUCUGCCAUGACAACUGAAAGGCGGGCAGGACGCACACUUUCUAAAACUGACGUGAAAUGAUCAUCAAAACAUUACGAUUUAAACGUUUUACACGUUUAUGUAAGACCUAUUUUGUAAGACUGGGCUUUUAGUGGUUAUUAUGGAUAAUGUUAUGUGGAGAGAAGAAAGGCUGAACGCGCCGGCGGACUUCGUGAAAGCUCUGAUGGAGGCAUCUGUCUGUAACCCCAUUCCUCCUCUGAUGACACCUGCUCAGUUUACUGGGGGUCCGCCAGCCCGGCCCACAGCUUCACAGACCACACCCACCCAAGUUCUGCCACAGUUUAGAGCUCCACCCCCUUCUAAAUUCAGUGAGGAGGGGUUUGGCUGGACAGAGCCUGCUACAGUGGAAGCGUGGCGGCCCGUCCAUCAGAAACACCAGUUUGAGAAAAUAAUACAACGGCUCCCCGACCACAGUUUGCCAGAAGAUGAGAGGAGCAGCUCAAAGCCCCUGCUGCAAGAGAUGGAAAGGUUAAGAGAAGACAAGGAAGUGAUGAGAGGAGAGAUGGAGCGUCUGAAAGGAAGAGUAGAGUGUUUGAGAGAGCAGGUCAGAGAUCAGCAAAAUCAAAUAAACAGACAGUGUAUAGAGCGUGAUGAAUUACACAGUCAACUGAAGAGCUGCAAGGCUGAACUCAGUGUGAACCAAGACCUGCUUUCAACCCUAAAAAGAGAGUAUGAAUUAAAAUGUCAACAUUUGGAGAAAGAGUUACAGGACUCGAAGCAGGAGAUGGGAAGACUGCAACAAAAACUAGAGACACAGAAUGUCAUGACCGAUGCUGCACAGGAAGUGACCUUAUUGAGGACCCAAAUACAGGAAAUGAUAUCAGAGAAAGAUGAGCUGAGAAAUCAACUGAGUGUCCUGAACAGCUCAUUGCUGGAACAGUCUGAGUGUGUUCAGAAACUGCGGACAUACAUUGGCAGCCACAUCACAGAGAAAAAGGAAGAGGUAGAGCUUAGACGACAGAUACAGCAUUUAGAGAAGGAAAAGGAAGCCCUGUCUUUAUCAGUCCAGCUGCUGAAUGUUCGAGUGAACGCAGCCAAUGACAUUUUGGCUAUUCAGGAGAAAGAGCUAGGUGAACAGGUGCAGACUGACCCAUUGUACUCUGGCAGCAAAGCUGGGCAGAUGUUGAGUGUUUGGAGACAAAAGGUCUUCAUACUGCUUGUUAAAUUGCAGACCAGAGAUUUACAAUUUCACACGGAGAAAACACAACUGCAUAACAUGGUUUCCUCUCUACAGCAGCAAGUAGAGUGUUUGCAGUCGCAGAACAGUGUCCUUCAGCACCAACUAGAGGACAAAACGGCCCAGUUGGAGUUACAGCAUGUAGACGCACAGGGAGUACAGCAGCAGUUGGACAGUGCUCUUCAGGAGAAUGCUCAGCUGAAAGAGUGCAAUAAGUGUACCGAGGGAUCACUGAAUGAUAUCAGUGAAAAAGCACACAGAGUGAUAUCAGCCAUAGAAAUGAAGGCAGGUCAGAUGGAAGCAGUUCAGUCCAGUGUAAGUCAGCUGAACCAGAGACUCGCCUUUGCUGCCAAACGUCUGGACACUGUACAUGGGCUGCUGUUGAGGAAAGAAGCUCUUUGGAGAACCAAGAGAGCUACUAGAUCUCCAGAGCCAGCGGUGUCAGAGAGCUUUAUUAAGAGUCUCCAGGCCGAGGUGAUGUUGUUGAGCGCAGAGAGAGACAAACUCGCACAGGAACUCAAACGCACACCAGAGCUCAUCCAGGCCUCCCUGUCAGAACUACAGCAGCAGCGAGAGAGAGAUCUGGGACACCUGAGGGAAGCUCUGUCACAAAGCAGGGAGGAGUUGGAGGCAUCCGAAUCGAGCAGAAUGGAGAUGCUGAGACAAUGUGAAGAGCAUGAGGGGACCAUUGUGGAGCUCCGUGCUGAGGCCCAGAGACUACAGCAGCAGUGUGACUCAGUUUUACACAAGGUGUCAGAAGUUGAGAGUGUGUAUGCAGAGAAGCUCAGGGACAUGGAGGCUCAACUCAACACAGCGAGGAGAGAGCACACAAAAGCAGUGGUAGCUUUGCGACAGGUUCAGAGGCAGGUGGAGAGAGAGAAAGAACAGAUGAAAGACGUAGAGAAAGAGAGAACAGAACACACACACAAGCAGAUCACACAUCUGCAGAAACAGCUGAAAGACAAGGACAAAGACCGCAACCUUCUACUGGCCGUGGUUCAGGAACAGGGUUUGAUGAAUGAAUAUAAAAGACUGAGAAGAUCAGCAAUUCAGACAACUGAGCAUUUGAAACAAAAGCAUCAUCCUCAGUCCGAGAGCAGCAAUCCUCCAACACCUGAAAGUCUGCUGGGGGCACUGCAGGCUCUUAGUGCCGCAGUGAUGGGCAGCUCAGAGGAAGAAGAUGAUGAGGAGGGUCAGGCCUUCACUGUGACACAAACACCCUCUUGUGCUGACACACAUAAAGAAUAGUGCUGAACACACCAAUCAAUUCUCUCUCACACACUCGCCGUCUGUCCAACCCCUCUCGUGGGGUUUGAUGUUUGUUUUAUAAUUUAAUAAAAGAGAUUUUUGUCAAA